AUGAUUACUUCAAAAAUUUUGGGUGGUUAAGACACUUAAUUAGAUGAAUAACAAAAUUAAGAUGAUUCAAUUUUUCUUGAAGCAGCUAACAUAAUUGCUGGGAUGUACUAAGAGGCAAUAAGAAGCAAAAAUGCUAAAGACUGUCUUGACGAAAUAGAUUUUUCAUAUUUAACUUUUAUUGCAACCAUUAAUAAAAACCCUUAUGCUUCAUAUCUUAAAAUCACUAACGCGAAAACAAAUCCUAAACUAAUAUUAGGUAUCAAAGAUUAACAAAAGCUUCUAAAUAUAAUGAAGAACGAUGUAAGCUAAUAAAUUAAAUUUUAGAACAGUUUAGAAAAAAACAAACACUAAUUUAAGUUAUAUGAUUUACUGCAAUUAGAAGAAGAAAUAGCAACUAAACAUUAAACAGGAUAUUGUGUGCCAUUUUAAUUAAAAAUUCAAAGCUAAAUUCUUGAUUAAGAUUUUGGUCUAUCAAUAUGGGCAAAUCCUAUUAAAGAAGAUUCUAUUUAUUUAGCACUUGAUAGUGAAAAUCCAAAUAUUAUUUAAAUGGCAAAUAAGUUCUUUUAUAAAAAAUUUUUAAAAGAAAACCACAAAAUUUCUAAAAUUAAUUCAAUCAAAACAGAGACUUUAAUACCUAUUAUUCACCAUCUAAUCAAAUAGGCCUAAAACUCAAAAGAACAAAAAUUCUAAACAGUUUUCGUUAAACCAAAUUAAAUCUAAUAAUAAAAAUAUCAUUUGAGUGACCCCAAUUUCUUAAAUAAUCUAAAAUACGCGGAAAUAUUUAGCGCAACAAUUUAAGAACUGUGUAAUAUAAAUCUGCAGUUAAACACAGAUUUCGAAGAAGAUUAUCGUAAUAGCAUAAAAUCUAUUAUUUAAAUCUAACAAGACGAUGACUUUUCUAAUUAAAAUGUAAGCCAAAUUUAAAUUCAGAAUCAUUUAAGUCUAUACAAUGAGAAAAAAUCUUCUACUAAUAUCUAACUUAGUACGCCAACAAACUUAGAAUCACAAUUAUAAUUAAAUAAUAAAGAACUCAGUCUAAACAAUGAAAAUAUAAAGUUAAAAUAGAAUAGUAGUAGUAGUAAUCAGAUUCUUUUAUUAAGUAACUCUCAAAGAUACGACCAAGACUUAUUACGCUUGAGUACUUCUAGAAGCAAAACUUAAUUAAUAAUUUAGUAGGAAUCAUUUGAUACAUUCCAACAAAGCUAUAAUAAACAAGUAACCUUAUAAGAUUAACAAGUAUUUUAAUCAAGUAUUAUCAAGGAAUAACUAGUAAAAUUAAAUCUAUAAAAAGUUAAUUCAAGUAAAAAUAUUAUCUCUAAUAAUUUUAAUUAACAAUCUUCUAAAUUGGUAAUUGAUUGCUUUACACCACGUUCAAGUAAUCGUAAGCUAAUUUAAACUACCAUUUCUUCAUAACAGGUUAUAGAAAAUGGAAUAUAAACAAAUGAUCAAAAAUAUCAAAACAAAAAGUGGCUGGAGGAGUAAGAAGAAAAUAAGCAACUAUAAAACAUAGACAUUUAGCAAUUAUCUUCUUCAUCAAAGAGUUCUAAAAGCAAGGAAAUAUUUGAGAAUAUGCACAAAAAAAAACAGAUGUGGUACCUUACAGUAAUUAAUAUUUUGGGAAUAGCUUCUAUUUUAGUAACUAUUGCUUUGACUUUGCAAGGAUUUUUUAUUUUUCUUACAAGCUUAAUCUCUCAAAGAGAAAAUUUCAAAUAUAUUAACUGGAUCUAUACUACUAACAUUGAAAUAAGCUAUUCAAUUUCUGAGCGCAAUGUAUUUCUCUUGAACAGAUAUAAUUUAAUGUCCACGCCUCCUUCUUAGAAUUAGACUUUUGUAAAUUAUAUACUAAAUUCACUCCAACCAAGAAUUAAACUUAGUAAAGAAUAGGUUUAAUUACUUUAUAACAAUACUGAUAGUAAAAUAUAAGUCUUCAAUAUCAUUUAAAAUAAGUAUAUUGAUCAAUACAUAUAUUCAAGCCCUAAUGUUUCGCAAUAAGUAAAUCUAUCCAUUUUAUACUCAAUUCUCAUAUAGCUUUCAAAUUUAUACUACUUCGCUUCUAACAAUGACCCUACUGGAAUGAUGAAAAAAUAAAACGAGAUGAAUUUCCAAGCGAUAAACUAACAAGUUUAAAUAAUUUUUUCUGAAAUGAAUGAUUCAUAUGAAAAUUAACUCACUUAAAUAUAAAACUAAAGUCUCCUCCAGCUUUACAUAAUUACUUUAAUAAUGCUGACGUUUUUGAUAAGCAAAAUUCCUAGUUUUAUCUACUCCAAAAAAAAGGAGUAAUAAAUUUUAAAGCUUUUUGCAACAUUUGAUAGAGAAUAACUAAGAGAAAUCCUCACACAAAUCAAGAAUUAAUUUGAACUUUACACAUUUGAUUAAAAAGCUAAUUUUUCUAAAUUUGAUUUUAAAUUUUCUCACAAUUAAAUGUUAUAAAAACACUCUGUCGAAGAAAAAAAAUUAAAUAUCAGCUAAACAUCUACAUUGCAAUACUCGAUAAAGAAACUGUUAAUAGGACUAACAGUAACAUUUUGCUUAGUAAUAAUUUAUCCUAUUUUAAAUUAUGUCAUUGUGAGGCAGUUUAUCGACAAUUCUAGAGUCAUAUAUAACUUUAACAAUGCCGUUUGUGUUACUUAUUUUAUAGUCCAAAAUUCUUUAAGAGCAAGACAUAGUCUUGCUAUGGCAUACCUUGUACCUUUUGAAUAAGCAAGACCUAUCCCAUAUUAUCAAGAUAUACUAUAAUAAUUAACACCAUAAAUUAAAGAUUUGCCUAAUUUGAUAAAAAAUAACUUAGAAAAAGUUAGCUCUACAAAUUUGUAUAAUAAAUAAAUAUUUGAGGAUUACUUAGUGAAUGUGUUUACAUAAAAUGCUUGCGAUACUAUUUAAGAAUAUACUUAGUAUCAAAAUGGUAACUUUAUAUAUAACGAAUGUACUACUUCGGGUAAAGGUUCUCUAAAAUCAGGUCUUCUUAAUGGUUUAAUGUUUUUCUUCAACGUAUACAUGGAUUACACUACUUUUGCGUUUAGUCCAGAUGUAGCUACAUUUUAAAAGUUUUAUAAUAAUUAUCAUAAAAAUAUUCCAGCUUACAAGUAGUUUUAAUUAAAAUUAGAAGUAUCAAAAUAUUUAGAGUAUUUAUUAAACUUCUUUUAAGAAUAAAAUAUUUUGCUUUACGAUUACUACGAAAGAUAAUAUUAUUUAUGA